AUGGGUAACGUCAAUACGAUUCCUGUGGUGUCACAAGCAAAGUCAGUGGUCCAGCUAGUAACCGGCGAUGUGGAUGGAGCUGCUGCAACUCAAGAAAAGUUUCUUCAUGAAUGUGUUGGAGUUUCGCAGGUUACAUCACUGGUUUAUUUGGCAGCCGGAGAACCAGAAAAAGCUGGAGACACUCAAAUCAGAUGUGUGAAAAAUGUAUCGAAUUUCGCUGAUGGAGUCCCUGGAGUUGGUCAUGUCAAAGGAGCCAUUCAUCAUAUAGCUGGAGAUCAUGAAGGUGGUAAUAAAGCAAUUCUGGCAGCGACUAGAACCACAGGAGUUAUGGCUGGAGGAGCCGCAGGAUUCCUUGUUGGAGGACCUGUUGGCGCAGUUGUAGGUGGAAUGGCUACUGGUGGAACUUUGGAUGGGGCUGCCACAUUGGGAGCAUCUUUAAGAGAAAAAGAGUAUAAACCAGAAGGUAUCUUUGCUAGCGUACAGGAAGUAAUUGACAACCCAUCUGGUGGAGCUAUUUUCGAUGCCAUAGCGACUCCAGUCUUUGAUGGUCUUGCCGGAUAUCAAGGUGGAAAGAUAGCGGGGGCUUUGGAGAAUGCGGUCGCAGCAAAAACGGCUCCAGUCGAUCCACAAGCUGCUGCUAAGGCAGCCGAAGUUCGUGUUUACGCAGAUCGAGCCAUGGCAAUAGCAGAAGAAAUGCGAGAAACGCCGGGAACUACCGACGGUCAAUUGAUGAAACAAUAUGAUGUUGCAAUGGCCCUGGAUAAAAAAGCCACAAUGAUCGAAACUGGAGGCCGUGGACCACCUCCAGCGUUUGAUCCAAAAGUGACAAAAGGACCGAAUGUAUACCCACCAGGAGUACGAGAAGAUGAUAGGGAAGAGAAAAAGUUCAAAAGCAAUUCUCAACAAUCGACGUCAACUACAACUCACACUACUUCUGGAACAACAACUCAAACGAAUACAACUCAGUCAGCAUCUGUUUCUCAGCUUCCAACUGCAAAUGCCAGCAUCUCCUUUUAUCAGGAGCUCUACAAAGUUAUCACUGCCUAUAAGUUGUUCGAUAAAUCUGAAAAUUACGAUUUAUCUGUAAUUGAAGCGAAAGUUCAAAGAAUAUUGAAAGGACAAGGAGUUCAAGUGGUUCAAACACAAAAGAUCUUCACCAAAGUGAUGCUCAAUGAAAGCGAGAACCAAAAUUUCAAAACAGAACAAGUGGUUUCAGUACUGUAUGGAACAGAUGUUGCAGAACAGUUUGAUGAGAAGAAUCCUUUGAAAGGAUUUCAGGUGUUGCUGCGUCAUCAAUCAGAAACCAUGGGAGCUCUACAUAUUCUUCUGUCUCACCCUCAAGACAUGCUUGAUCUUCUUCCACUUCUUGAUGUGACACUUUUUCCACUACACAUUCGUCAAUUUCUGGAGAACGAUUUGAAGAAUUUGGCUAAAGGGACACAAAGAAGAAGAUUAACAGAACAACAAAAGAUUGCCAUGGUUCAGGAAGCUAAAGAGCAUUAUGCCAAACACCCGGAAGAUCGAAUUAGAAUGAUUCCAAAUGAGCUGCUUUUGGUAGGUUAUCUUCGAACCCAUAUGAACCCUGUCAACUUCUCUGUUCAUCAGUUCUUCCAAGUUUCACCGACUAAGCAACAGUUUCGAGUUGUGUUCAACGUACCAACAACCUCUGGACAAAUCCGUCAGCUUUCAAUUUGUUUGAGUUGUACACAGGACGGAUCCGGAAAAGCAAUCAUCUACAAGUCUCCUAUGAAGGACGGGAGCACACCAACUGGGAGGAAAAGAAAAAGUGGGAAGAACCAUCUGGGAGGAAAAAUGGGCGGAGCCUCAUUUACAAACCUGGCACGGUUUUGCCGCAUGGUUUUUUUCUUGACCAGUGCAAUGGAACCCACGAACACGGCUCCCGAUAAUUUAGUGCCAUUAAAUAAGCCGAGCGAAGCAGCCGAUGAUAAACAAUCGCGAACUGAUGAGUUAUCCAUGACACAUACUCAUAAUCUGCGAAACCGUAAAUCGCUUCGAGCCGCAACUACUCGUUGCAAUAGAUGGCUAGACACUGAGCCUCGUGCCUCCGGAAUCCGUGCAGGCCCAGCAAGCAUAUCACCCGGAAAGACACUGGAUAUGGACUCCUGGUGUGAACAACAGACAAGAAAACUUGAGGAUAAAAAACAAAAUGCACUUUCCAGAAUAUCUGACGAGGCAAGUAGAGAGGAUUUCGGAGAGAGUGAUAGUCAAGGAACGGAAAAUUCUAACGAGGAAGACUCUGCCUCUCAAGACCCAUCCGAUUACAGUGAGCACUAUUCAUUUGAAGACGACAAAAAGUACUUCGAAGCAAAUCGACAUCCAUCGAUUACAGACAUGAUUAGAAUUUCUGGCUCAGCAACUGUUUCCUACCAACAAGUUUUCUAUAGAUUCAGCGAACUUCGAUUAUUUUAUAGCGAGAAGUGCUCAGCGAACGACACUUGCCGUAGAGUUGCACAUUAUUUCCAAUCCAAUAUUAGAUAUAAAGGACGUCUUACGAUGGAUUCAUUGGAAGCAAUGCGCCAAGAGUUCAAUAAGUUCUGUCAUCAUGGACCGGUUCUAAACAUUGGGAGUGUUCAUCUCUUAGUGGAUAAGCUUGAAAUUUCACCAGGAAUGGUUCAAAAGUGUUACAAGAAAUGGCUUGAGGAGUCGCAGCAUUCCGGAAGUGAAUUUGACAGCAUCGUCUUCGAAGAGCAACAAUUGUUCCAGCAGCAAAUGGAUAAACAUUGUAACCCACGAAGCUCAGCAGCGAUAGAACAUGAUAAUUCAAAGCAGGUACGCAUUGGAUUGAAACGAGAUUCACUUCUACGAAUCAUCCGUAAACGGCCACAGCUAAGUGUCUCCGAGGCGAUUGUUCUGAAAGGCAUUUAUAAAGUGGAUUUGAAAACUAUUCAAAAGUUAGUCAAGCAGUAUCAAGAACCAAUUCAAACACCUCACGAAGAAGAUAUGAAUUCUGAGGGCUUUGAUGAAGAAGUGCCCAAUGCAAUCAAAUUGUUCUCCAAAAAAACAAGAAAACGGUCUGUACCCACCAUUCCAUACGUGCUUCGAAAAACUGUACACCCGGUUUUCGAUUUUUCAGCAGAGCAGUUAGAUCGCAUCGAAACUAAACCAGAAGAAGAAGGAGGAGUACCUGAUAUCUCUCCUGCAGCAAGCAGCUCAUCAACUGGGCAAUCAAGUUUUUUUCGAGCGUACCGAGCAGGUGGCAAAGACAAUUUGAUUUACGGUCCUGGUUGCUCUACGAAUAUAUUUCCCGGAGAUUAUCAGUAUUUCAUGAAGAACCAACAUCCAACUAUCCAAGAAAUGAUCGACAUCUCAAAGUCUACUGGAACAAAAUACAAACAAGUAUUUUACCGGUUUCUCGAUUUUCGAUGUGCUUUCAAUGUGAAAUGUCCGCCAGGUGAUAACUGUGACAAAGUAUUGAAGUUCUUCGCCCAUCGAGCUGCAUACGAUGGUAUUCUGAAUGGAGAUACAGUGAAUAGAAUGUACGACAUCUUCGAAAUGCUAGGACCGGCUGGGAAGAAUCCAGAUACUGGUUACAUGCAUUUGGUUGCAUCUGAAAUUGAUUUACCGCCCUUCAUCAUUCGGGAUCAAUACAAAGAAUGGCUUUCGGAAAAAAAAUCUGGAAUUGAAUCGGAUCGCAUAGAAGAAAUUCACCAGAAACUCGAAUUAGAAUUCAACGAAAAUCCAGAACUCACAUAUGAACGUCUACAACAUCUCUCGAAUAAAUACGAAACGACGCAGAAAGUUGUUGUCAACUUUUUCAACGCGCAAGAUGAGGACACGAAGGAAAGUUUGCUGCAAGCUCUUACUCAGCUAGAUAGCCAGGAGGACAACGCAGGCGACUCUCGUGAAUCUGUUCUGGCCGAUCCUGCCGAAUUUCUAGAUCAUCUCAACUCAAUGCUAUGCUCCAACUCUGAACCAACGCCAGAAAAUGCUAUCGUUCCGAAAGAAGAGAUUUCAAACGUGCUAGACGAUCAGCUUUAUUCUACUGAAGAAUGCGAAAAGACAGAUGGAGGCGCAAUAAAGAAUUGUUUUUAUGAAACUCCUAAUGGAUCACUUCACAAUCUAAUGGACCCAUCUCACCUACCGCCACGUGCUGAAAAUGUGGAAAGAGCUAGAAAAAUCAAGUUCAAAAUGAAAAGAUCAUCAAACAGCUCUUCUUCUGAUUCAAAACGAAUCAAACUGGCUCCUACAAAAUCGAAGGCUAGCAACAAAAACGGAGAUACUGAAGAUGAGGAUAUUGAUGUUGUUGGAAUAGAGGAGAAUUCCACUCCUAAUAGCGUCGCUGAAAGCGCAUGGUCUGACGAUUAUCAGAAUGUUUAUCAUUUUCAAGGAGAUAUCGAUAUAUUCGAAGCCAAUCGUCAUCCUUCUAUCCAAGAUAUGGUAAACGUUUCACACGACGUUGGAGUUUCAUAUGAACAAGUUUACUUUCGAUUCAAACAUCUUCGUACGCUGAAAAACGAAGUGUGUGAAGAUGGAGACGACUGUCAAAAAGUGGAAUCAUUCAGUCAAAUGAAUCCAGUGUUCAGUGGAACUCUCGACGCAAAAACACUUGCUUAUUUGCACAUGGAGUUUGAUAAACUGAUCGAUUUCGGUUACUAUUUGCCACUCGGAUACAUUCACUUGAUUUUAGAAAAAGUGAACCUGCCGUCUCGUGUUAUUAGAGCACAAUACAAAGAAUGGUAUAGCAAGAAAAGAGGUUAUGAGAGAUUGCUGUCUCUUCAAUCUAGUUCGACGACUCCAGUGGAGAACAACUACUAUUUCAUGGAUGUAGAAAGCGGAACCACGUCCACUGCAAAUCUUGACUCUACUGAUGGUGUCUGA